CCAUGACAACCUAAAUACAAGUAAGGUAACGAAAUAUCCUAGGUGUGCUCUCAGCGAACUUCCGAUGAGAGUCGUGUUCAGAGGCGAGCAAUAUCACUGGAAUUUGAGAGGAAACAGUUCAAUAUUCGCUUGUCGCAAUUCGUAUGGAGGAGAUGACGCUUGCAACCUCUUGGUGUUAACCUUUCUAUACCAAGGGGCAUCAUCCCAGUGCUCCAUGGCCAUGUCAUCGGCCUCACUACUAAAGCGGUUCAGCGAUGUAGCACGGUCGCCAAAAGGGUGCCGCUACAACCCAGAGAGAUCCGGCGUUGGUAUUGUCUCGGCUGUUAUGGAACCAGCCGUUGCACGCCUACGCAUCGUCGGGCCUCUCAUCAACACCAACACACGUGAGAUCCUAGAGAUUACACUACCGAACCUCUGUUGGAGCAAUAGGAGGCCAUUCUGAGCAGCCAUACUGUCAUGCGGUCUAUGCCGCAGGUGGAUCGGUAGUGGCACCGUCUAGGCGUCUACAUGUUCAAGUAAGCAAUUGAUUGUCAAGUCUACACUUCCCCUUAGCAUCCAAGAAAUGUUAAUUAUAUUCUGUGCAUGCAUGGCAUGUAUCGCAUUUUUUGUGGCAGAGGUGAGAUGGGAUUUUGUAAACAAGAGUGUCUUUGCGACUAUAUCACUGAGCAAUUGGAAAAGGAGACAGAGAGGGUGAGAUGGUCUGGAAGAGAAAAGGUGCCAACAAUGGAGGACAAGGAAGGCGACCAGAGCUGCAUUUUCUUCACCUGCGCUGGCAGCCUAUGAUGCACCUACGUCUAUGUUUGAGAGAUGUAUGGGCUUUGAAGGACCGGAACCUAUUUUUCACAACUGUAUAACUUGGUGCUUUUGUAAGUAAUAGAACACCUGAUGGUUAGUAAAUAAUUAUACACUUUUGACGUGGUA